AUGGGCGUGGUUGAGUCACUUCUGUGCCUCGUCUACAGGAUUUACUUCUAUUUUCGGAAACCUGUGCCGACGAGUCGCUUCGGCUGCUUGUACGACUUGACAUCCUCGUCCCCCUUCAAAAACGAAACCAUCUUCGCCGACGAAGAGAAACGCCAUGAAUAUCCUCAAGCAUUUGAUGAUCGGGUUCAGAUAUUCGGGCAAAACAAUAAGGGCCAACUUAUGCUGGCCGGAAUCCAGAGACUGAAAAACGAUCGCGCAUUGGUCUUGCUGUACAUCAGACUGGAGGGCGGCACGUCGUUUUCUCUGGAAGACUCGGUCUGCGUGGAUUCGUCUUUCGAUGACCACUUCGCCGCUGGAGGGCUCAAGAUGACUUGCCUGAUUCCGAUGCGUCGGUGGAAAAUGUCUUUCAAUGGAACUAUGAGGAACAAUUCCACAGGAGACUUGGUCCAUCUGAAGCUUGUUUCAGUGGGGAACCUCAUGCACGGUGUCGCGGACUUCCAGAGCUACCACGAUGGCUCGUUCUUGGCCGAACAAUUAUCUAGGAGACUUCGUUCCAGAGACUUCCAGCCGAAAAGGAUUCAAGACGCCCUAAAGGACCUUGACAUCUAUCAUCAGAGAUUCUCUUUUUCCUCGAAGGUCUUCGUGGAUGGACUUCCAGAGGAGCUCUUCCUGUUUGGCUAUAAGACGAAGGGCAAGUCUUCGUCUCCACGGAUCAAGAAAUCCGUCAUAGCCUUCACCGAAGUGACUUUUUCCCAGAACGGACUGUCGACUGUCCUGGGUGUGACCGACCUCCGGAACGUGAUGGACGACUUUUUGUACGGCUACUUGAACUUUCCGAACAGACAGCAGAGGAAACUUCGCUUCGCUUCCGAUGUUGGGGAAUUUUUCCUCCCGGGAAAAAUUUACCUGUCGGUUGGCGCAGAAAAUUGGGAGUCGCUCCGACUGGCCGAGCUUAGGAUAAUCGAUGAUAUUCAAAGUCUUGAGCUCCAUGGAGACCGCAUAUGGAGAAGGAAUUUUCGAAUAUCUCAGAUAAGUUUCGAUGGUCAUUCGGGCCAUGCUCUCAUAUCCGAAGCAACCGGGAUUGAAGCGAAUGUCCAGUUUCCAGAGCUUCCCUUUAGCAAGAUAUUGUCAGCGCACCCUACCCCAUCGAAGGACCCGUCCCAAGUCGGAGUCAUUCCUUUCACCCAUCCCGCAGCAUGCAAUGAGAGCUUGACGGGGGGCAAAGGGAGCUCGCUGGCGAUCCUGACCCGACUGGCCGAGAAGAACAAAGAAUUGUUCAAAGUCCCGCGAGGAGUUUGCGUGACGACGGAAGCCUACAAGGACUUCGUAUCGAUUCCGCUCGUAAGCGAAACCCUCGAUGGACUCCAAGUCGUCUGUUCACGAGCUUCCUUGAAGGAAAUCCGAGAAGCUUGCGACAAAGCAGCGAGCAUGAUCAGCGAUGCACCCUUGCCAUCGCAGCUCGAGAACCUUCUAAAAAAGGUCCUUUCUCCUGACCUGAGAUAUGCGGUUCGCUCUUCAGCGUGCGGUGAAGAUUCAGAGGAAACGUCUGCGGCGGGUCAGAUGGAGACAAUUUUGGGCGUUCGCGGCCUUGACCGGAUUUUCCGCGCCGUGGCGAAGUGCUGGGCGAGCCAGUUUUCUUUCGUAGCCGUCCAAUACAGGAGACGCUACGGACAGCCCUUGAAGGUCCCCAUGUGCGUUGUCGUUCAGGAAAUGGUAGCGUCUGAGGUUGCCGGCGUCAUGUUCACCGUUGAACCUGUAUCGGGAGACCCGCACAAGAUCAUCAUUACAGCAAAUUUUGGUCUUGGAGAGAGCGUGGUUUCCGCGACCGCCGAUCCCGACACCUUUGUCCUCCGGAAAGUUUGUGGAGACGUCGAGUUUGUCGAACAGAAUCUUGGCGAAAAAAAGCUCUCCAUCAUAAUGUCAGGUCGGAUCGACAGUGGAGGGACUGAAAACCUGGACGGACAUUCGAGACGGAACGAGGCUUGCCUGAACAUUGAUCAAAUCCUGCUCCUUGGUAGAACAGCCCUCGCUUUGGAGAAGGGCUAUGCCUCUCCGAGAGACACCGAGUGGGCCUUCUGUAACAAUGUGUUGUUCAUGCUGCAAGCUCGGCCAGUAACGUCGCUGGAUCAGAUUGACACCGAUUUCGAAUACUUGCACGAGUCUGACUCUGGGAUGGAUUCAGAGAUCGACGCACUUUCGAAAGCCAACGUAGGAGAAGUAUUCGGUGGCAGCAUGUCGACACUGUCUCUGGACGUCUUGCGAGCCUCGCUCACCUUCCUCCGGAUCGUCGCUCAAACAUGGAACGGAGAAGAAGAAUUCACCUAUGCCAAGGUCUUGUUCCUACACAAUUACUACAGCCAAUGCUUCUUCCCAACCUACUGGCCCAAUCUCGUGGAUUACACUGCGAAUGAUCUGAUGUCACGGUGUUUCACUAUCGCGAUGGCGGGCCGUCCCAUCGACGAUGAGUGUGUUAUCAUCUCAAAUCGGAACAAAAGACGCUACCAAUUCGGCGGGAGCAACGGUGAAGGCUCACUCCAGUCAAUAUUGAAAUUCUGGAGGAGCGAAGCUAAGCUUCGGAAGAACCAGGCGAAGUUCAAGGAUUUCUCGUUCCGAUCAUCGCCGGAGAGUUCCUGGGAGCUUUUCAAUCUGAUUCUUGACGAGUUGAGCGUUCUGGAAGAAGGUUUCGGCACUCACGAGGACCUGAUUUUCAACAGUUCUAUCAGCAACAUGCUAAUGCUUUUUAUUUUAGCUCGUUGCAAUAAUGGGGAAUGGAACAACAAGGUCUACUCGGAUUUCGGUAAACUUUCUUCCUCGAGCAAAAACGUCGAGUCGGCUAGCGUUCCGGUCUCCAUUAACUUGAUGGCACAGGAAAUCCAGAAAGAGUUCGGGGAUGAUUUCGCUAAGAUGGACGUCGAGGAUGCUCGUCAUUUGCUGAUUAGCUCGGUCAGAUCGCGAUCCACCCAGCUCUUCCGCGAGUUCCUGAGGGAUCAUGGUCAUCGGUGUCUGGGAGAGUUCGACAUUCACACAAAAUCAUGGUCUAUGGAUCAGACGCCCCUGAUAAGAACUUUACAAGCGAUGCUCUCGACAAAAGUCGAGUCGGGAGUCCUGCCGACUACAGCGAAGAGCGACGACGACCUGAUCAACGGUCUCAGCAUCAGAAUCCCCUUCUACUACAGACCAUUGCUGAAGCUUUGUUUGAGUCGCGUCCGCAGAGGGAUCGUCCUGCGUGAGGAAGGCAAAUCAUUAUGCAUCAAAACGAAUGAUAUCCUCCGCAAACGCUUCUGGGAGUUGGGCGAACUUAUGGUGAGAGAAGGUCGGCUGCCGGAGGAGGAUCUCUUGUUCCAUCUGAGCUUGACGGAAAUAUGCGAGCUGUUGAGAGACAGAUCGCCUAAGCUCUUGAUACGCGCCAUCCAUCGAAGAAGAAAUCAAAAAACGGCGGCUUCUGCGAUUUACCCCGAGCAUUGUGCUGGAUUGCCUCUUGAAGCGCUCAACAAACAGCAGAGCUCGAGUUUUGCGGCCGCGAAAGAGCUCCGUGGAACACCUGUUCGUGAGGGCGUCGUGAGGGCACCAGCAAGAGUUAUUCUUACCUUGGGAGAAGCGGAUCAAAUCCAGAAGGGAGACAUUCUGGUCACGUACGCGACUGAUAUUGGAUGGUCACCGUAUUUUUCGCUGCUAUCUGGCAUCGUAACUGAACUCGGUGGUCUCAUAUCGCACGGAGCUGUCAUAGCCCGGGAGUACGGUCUUCCAUGUAUAGUGGGUGUUCAAGGUGCGACGAGAGCCUUCUCGUCAGGGCAGGAGGUUGUUCUUGACGGCUCGAGAGGAACGAUCGCACUUGUAUCGGUAGCGGGUGAAAUUGACUCACAUGAACCUUGA